AUGGAUGUGAAGUUUCUUUGCAAAGUAAAAGAAAUUUCAGAAGAGUUAAAUGUGGUUUUAGAAAACAAUUUUAUCCCCACUACUAACACCAUUAACCACCACUACAACCACCGCCGGCGGCUAACCACCGCCGCCGGCCAACCACCUCCACCGCCGGCCAACCACCUCCGUCGCCGGACAACCACCGCCGUCGCCGGACAACCACAACCACCGUCGCCGGAAAACCGCCGCCGCCGGAAUCACCACCAUAACGACCAUCGCCGGCAACCACCGCCGUUGCCGGAAAACCGCGCCGCCACCGCCGGACAACCACCGUCACCAUCGCCGGACAACCACCGUCACCAUCGCCGGACAACCACCGCCGCCGUUGCCGGACAACCACCGCACCAUCGCCGGACAACCGCCGCCGCCGGAACUACCACCAUCGCCGGACAACCACCUCCACCGGAAUCACCACCGCCGGAAUCACUACCGCCGCCGUCGCCGGAAUCACCGUCGCCGCCGUCGCCGGAACCACCACCGCCAUCGUCGCUGGAACCACCACCACCACCACCUUAG